AUGGGUAAAUACUAUUGUGAUUAUUGUGAUAUCUAUCUGACCCACGACUCGAUGAACGCCCGUAAAGCUCAUAAUACAGGUAGGAACCACGUAGCGAACGUCAGGGAUUAUUUCGCAGGAUUGAAUCAUGACAAAGCACAAAAUAUCAUUGAUCAAAUUAUAUCUCAACAUGAAUCAGGAGGUGGCAGACAACAGAUGAUGAUGGCCCCCAGUAUGAGAUUGGGUGCGGGCUUCUUAAAUCCCAUGACCACGAAUCAAGGCUUCCCACCUCAAUACCCAUCUUCCUCAGGACCGUCUUUCCCACCUCAAAACGGCGCACCAUCUUACCGACCUCCCUUCCCACCCAACGGUGCUGCUCCACCUUUCCCACCCAACUUUGCAGGUAACGGAGCGCCCCCAUUCCCUCCACCUGGAAUAGGAGGUGCGACACCACCUUUCCCGCCAAAUGGAAAUUUCCCUCCUACAGGUGUGAUGCCUUUCAGACCACCUCCUCAAGCCUCAAAUGGUUUCUCUAGUCCCUCGGCACCAUCAGCAAGUCAACCUCCACCUGUAUUCACUCGAGCUACUCAACCUCCAGCAGGUGCCGCUCCGGGUAUACAUCCUGAUAGACUGAGGAUGAUGGGCACAAGAUAA